UGGCUGCGCGCGUUGUUCUUGCUUGAACAAACCGUUACGUUUUCCAAGUUCUAUUGAUCUACAGACAGAAUUGGAGUCAUCCAAAGGCGUGAUCUACAUGAGUUUCGGUACCGUUGUGAGCCCAAAGACUUUGCCUACGGACAAGCUGCGUAUGUUUCUCAAAGUGCUUGGUGAGCUGCCCUACGAUGUAUAUUGGAAGUGGACUGGUGAUGUUGGAACGGUGCCAAGCAAUGUUAGAGUGAGGAAGUGGUUCCCUCAGGCGGAUCUACUGAGACAUGAAAAGGUAGUGUUGUUCAUAACACAAGGCGGUCUGCAAUCAAUCGAUGAAUCUAUCGAGGCGGGGGUACCAAUGUUGUGUAUACCGAUUAUGUGGGACCAGUGGUACAACGCUGCUAGAAUCUCCAAACUCAAUAUUGGAACAUGGAUGAACGUUCGAGAAGUAACUGAGAAGCAGUUUAAGGAAGGAAUCUUAAAUAUUACGCAGAACAGAACGUUACGUUACCGAGAGAACGUGAUAAAACUUCGUGAGCUGUAUCACGAUAAACCGCUCACUUCUCUGGAGUCGGCAGUUUGGUGGAUAGAGCACGUGAUACGACACAAAGGCGGGAAACAUCUGAGAUCUCCCGCCUUCAACAUGGCGGCCACAGAUUAUUAUGAAAUGAAUCUUAUUUUUGUUGUGGCUCUGAUAUUGCUAUCGGCUGCAGUUGUUGUACUUUUAUCUCUGAAUUUUGUAUUUGAUUUGCUUAGAACUAAUAAAUUAAAGGAGGACUAA